AAGAAGAGCAGCGGCGAGUGGAGCCUGCAGAACCUCCAGAAGCUCGGUUCCUGUCCCGGUCUCGGUCUCGGCUCCUGGUCCCGGUCCCGGUCCGGGCGGGUGAAGAUGUGAGGUUCUAUGGAGUCCUGGACCCCGAACCCCCGGGCCAAGCCGUUCAUCCCGCGGCAGCAGCGGAGCCGCUUCCGAACCUGGCGGUACCAGCUGAGCAGCCAGAGGACGGUGCGGAGGUUCUGCCAGGCCGGUGCUGUUCUCUUCCUGCUGAUCACCGUCAUCGUCAACAUCAAGCUGAUCCUCGACACCAGGAGAGUCGCCAGCGAGGAGGAGACCCGGGAAUACGAUGAUGCCGUUCCCAACAUGGAGACGCCGCGGCGACCCGCCGGAGGACGGAAGGUUCUGGACAUCGAGGUUUACUCCAGCCGGUCCAAGGUCUACGUGGCCGUGGACGGAACCACGGUCCUGGAGGACGACAUGAGGGAACAGGGCCGCGGCGUCCACGUGAUCGUCCUCAACCAGGCCACGGGUCACGUUAUGGCCAAGAGGAUCUUCGACACCUACUCCCCCCACGAGGACGAAGCCAUGAUCCUCUUCCUCAACAUGGUGACCCGGGGCCGAGUCCUCAUCUUCACCAUCAAGGACGAGGGAACCUUCCACCUGAAGGAAGCUGCCAAGAACCUGCUGAAGAGUCUGGGCAGCCAGGUGUCGCUGGGCCUCAGCUGGAGGGACAUGUGGACCCUGGUGGUGAAGAAAGGAGGUCAGGUCUACGGGGAGAAGCACUCCAAGUCUCCGGCUCUGUCCACCUGGGGAGACCCGGUUCUGCUGAAGACCGAGGUGCAGCUGACGGCGUCUGAAGAGGCAGAAUGCCACUGGGCCGACACCGAGCUCAACCGGAGGAGGAAACUGUUCUGCAGCAAAGUGGAGGGAUACGGGAGCAUCUGCAGCUGCAAAGACCCGGCACCCAUCGAGUUCAGCCCCGACCCCCUGCCCAGCAACAGCGUGUUCAGUGUCCCGGUGGCCGUGAUCGCAGGAAACAGACCCAACUACCUGUACAGGAUGCUGCGGUCACUUCUUUCAGCUCACGGCGUCAACCCGCAGAUGAUCACCGUCUUCAUCGAUGGAUACUAUGAGGAGCCCAUGGACGUGGUGGAGCUGUUCGGACUGAAGGGAGUUCAGCACACGCCGAUCAGCAUCAAGAACGCCAGAGUGUCCCAGCACUACAAGGCCAGUCUGACGGCGACCUUCAACCUUCACCCCGAGGCCGAGUUCGCCAUCGUGCUGGAGGAAGACCUGGACAUCUCCAUCGACUUCUUCAGUUUCCUGAGUCAGACGAUCCACCUCCUGGACGAGGACGACAGCCUGUACUGCAUCUCAGCCUGGAACGACCAGGGCUACGAACACACGGCCGAGGACCCGGCCCUGCUCUACCGGGUGGAGAGCAUGCCCGGCCUGGGCUGGGUGCUGAAGAAAAGCAUCUACAAGGACGAGCUGGAGCCCAAGUGGCCGACGCCCGAGAAGCUGUGGGACUGGGACAUGUGGAUGCGAAUGCCGGAGCAGAGAAAAGGUCGAGAGUGCAUCAUCCCAGACGUGUCGCGCUCCUACCACUUCGGCAUCAUCGGCCUCAACAUGAACGGAUAUUUCCACGAAGUUUACUUCAAGAAGCACAAGUUCAACACGGUUCCCAACGUGCAGCUGAAGAGCGUGGACAGUCUGAAGAUAGAAGCUUAUGAGGUGGAGAUCCAGAAGCUGCUCAAGGAGGCGGAGGUGCUGGACCACACCAGGAAUCCCUGCGAGGACUCGUUCCUGCCGGACUCUGACGGGAAAACCUACGUCAUGUUCAUCAAGAUGGAGUCGGAGUCGGACACGUCCACCUGGACCGAGCUGGCAAAGUGCCUCCACGUGUGGGACCUGGACGUCCGGGGGAACCACCGCGGCCUCUGGAGACUCUUCAGGAAGAGGAACCACGUCCUGGUCGUGGCCGCGCCGUUCUCCCCGUACGCAAUCAAGAAACCGGCUUCGGUGACUCCCAUCCAGCUGGAACCCACCAGAGAGGAGGGGGCUCCGGUGGAGAUGUGAACCGGAACCAGACUGGACCGUCUGGGCCUGGACCGUCUGGGCCGGAACCAACACCAGACUGUGAUCCGGGCUCCACCCUGGACCUGAUGAUCCGGGUUCAGGGUGAACGAUGACACUAAAACCAGAAACGUCACAGCUGUCAGAGUCUGGCAUCUGUCUCCAUGGCAACCGGCCCGUCCGUGGUCCCGUCUCCAUGGCAACCGGCCCGUCUUUGGUCCCGGUCUGAAGGAUCCAGCUGAUCCUGGUGUCGUUUCUGAUUCUUAACUACUGAGUGUUUUUUCCGUCGGUACAAACUUUUUAACUCUCUUAUUUAUUUUUACGUUAGAAUCCAUUUUCUUUUUUUUUUUCUUUUCCUCAGAUUUUUAUCAAGAUCAGUGUUCGGAGCAUUUCCAGAACAUUUAUCUUAUUUCAUAAAUAAUGAAGUCAGAAUGUGUGUAUAUACCUUCUGAUAAAUAUAUUUUUGAUGAUAAAUGUAAAAAGUUGACAUAUUUUCUGGGUUUAAGAGUGAAGAUGAAGCUGCUUUUCUGCGUUUUUAUUCCGUUUAAUUUGAUCACCAGCUCAAAGCGGUUUAAACCGGUUCCAGAGAUGUUUCUGGGCUGGUUUAAGGGGCGGAGUCACAGUCUGAACAGGUGUCUUUUUACCUGUAAAACCAAAAUCCGUCACCGUGGCGACAGGUUUUCACACCGGACCUGUGAUGUCACAGUCCCCCGCCGAUCCAAACGGAUCAAAUAACAGCAGAUUUUAAGACUUUAAGGGAAAUUAUUAUAGUUGAGAGUUUUGAGUUUAUGGUCAUUUAUAUGCUAUAUAAUAUGUUUUAACUUUAUUUCUUCAAAGAGUGACUGAACAAAAGGUACGAAGCUGCAGUUUAGAGGAAAUGUCAGAACGGGAAUCUGCUGCUGAAUCAGUGUUGAGUGUUAUUUUUUAAGGAAAGUUUGAUGAAGUUGUAUUUUCAGCCAUUUCAGAUGGGAUUGAAGACACUAACAGAAUGUUGAGUGGUUUUUCUGUGGUUGUUUUUGUUUAACUGGUCAGACGUUUCACCAGAACCGUCGUUUAUGUCGGAGAUGAAUCCGAUUCAUCUCAUUUUUCGGUCUUUUCAUUUCACAUCCCAGUAAAAUAAUCGGCGCCGGUAAACUUUGGACGUUUGCUUUGUUUGACCUCGGUUCUGUGUGACUGACGCCGACGAUCUCUGGACUGUUUUUCUCACGAGAAAGAAUAAAAAUGUUUUG